AUGGACCUCGCGUCGUUCACCACGUCCGUGCUGACGUCGUUCGUCAUCUUCGUGGCGCUGGUGCUGGUGUUCACGUGGCUGUCGCGCCGCCCCGGGAACGCGCCCGUGUACUACCCCAAGCUCCUCCUCCGUGGGCUCGACCCGUGGGAGGGCCGCGGGCGCGGCACGCGGAGCCCCGUGGGGUGGAUCCGCGACGCCAUCUCCGCGUCGGAGCCUGAUGUCGUCGCCGCCGGCGGGGUAGACGCCGCCGUCUACCUCGUCUUCCUCUCCUCUGUGCUGUCGAUCUUGGUGUACUCUGGGAUUGUGCUCCUUCCAGUUCUCCUCCCAGUUGCUGCAACUGGUCGUGCCCUAGUUGUCAUCCCUCCCAAUCCCAAGAAUUCAUCUCAAUCGACUCAGGACUUCUCGCCGAUUGAAAGGCUAGGAGUGGGCAAUGUUCCUGAAGGAAGUAUGAGGCUGUGGGCAUUUCUGUUGUCAGUCUACUGGGUUUCCUUUGUCACCUAUUUCGUCCUAUGGAAAUCCUACAAGCAUGUGUCAAAUUUGAGAGCUACUGCAAGAUCAACACCAGAUGUUAAACCAGAGGAGUUUGCGGUGUUGGUGAGAGAUAUCCCUAGACCGUCUCCAGAUGAAACUAUAAAGGAUUUUGUAGACUCAUAUUUUCGAGCACUUCACCCAAAUACUUUCUACAGAUCAAUGGUUGUGACAGAUCACACAGAGGCUGAUAAAAUAUACCAAGAGAUCGAAGGUCACAAGCAGAAAAUUGCUCGUGCUGAAGUCGUAUAUGCAAACUCGAAAACUGAAAGUAAUCCUGAGGGCACAAAGCCUACUCAUAGGAUUGGAUUCCUUGGUCUUAUUGGUAAAAAGGUUGACACAAUUGAAUACUGUAGUGAGCAGAUUAAGGAAUUACUGCCCAAACUGGAGGCUGAACAGAAGACUACCCUUCAUGAGAAACAGAAGAGGGCUGCCAUUGUCGUCUUCAAUAGCAGAUCUGCUGCAGCUUCUGCAUCUCAGACUCUCCAUGCUCAAGUGUAUGAUAAAUGGACAGUUAUGGAAGCUCCUGAACCAUGUCAGAUACUAUGGCCCAACCUUCUGAGGAAUCUAUAUGAGAGGCAAAUCAGACAGUCUGUGGUCUACGUUAUUGUCUUUCUCAUUGUUUUUUUCUAUAUGGUUCCUAUCGCUGUUAUCGCUGCUGUUACAACUCUCGAAAACCUGGAGAAGAAGCUGCCCUUCCUGAAGGUAGUGGUGGAACAACCAGCAAUCAAGACGGUCUUGGAGGCUUACCUUCCCCAGAUUGUGCUCAUUGUGUUCCUCGCUUUGCUACCUACUCUUCUUAUGCUUCUCUCAAAACAAGAGGGGAUCCCUUCGCAGAGCCAUGCAGUCAGGGCGGCAUCAGGAAAAUAUUUCUAUUUCAUUGUUUUCAAUGUCUUCCUCGGUUAUACACUUGGAAGCACAUUAUUCAAAUCUUUGACAACCAUUCUCGAUCACCCUCCUGAGAUUGUGGAUAUGCUUGCCAAGAGCCUGCCUGGAAGUGCAACAUUCUUCCUUACAUUUGUCGCGCUGAAAUUCUUUGUUGGCUAUGGGCUUGAGCUCUCUCGCUUGGUUCCUCUCAUCAUUUUCCACCUGAAAAGGAAGUACCUAUGCAAGACGGAGGAUGAUGUGAAAGCAGCAUGGGCUCCAGGAGACCUGGGAUAUAACACCAGGGUCCCAAAUGACAUGCUCAUCGCAACAGUUGUUCUGUGCUACUCAGUCAUUGCACCUUUGAUUAUUCCAUUCGGUGUUGCAUACUUUGCCCUUGGAUGGCUUAUAGCGAAAAAUCAGAUUCUGAGAGUUUAUGUUCGUAGCUACGAGAGCUACGGACGAAUGUGGCCACACAUGCACACGAGGAUCAUCACGGCUCUGAUGGUUUACCAGACUACCAUGAUCGGCUUCAUCCCUCUGAAAAAGUUUCACUAUGCACCUAUUCUUGUGCCCCUGCUUCCAAUAAGCAUCAUCUUCGCCUAUGUCUGCCAUAUGCGCUUUUACCCAGCAUUUGCCAAGACUCCUCUGGAGGUGGUGGCGCAGCACGACCUGAAGGAAACUCCAAACAUGGAAGCCAUCUACACCUCAUACAUACCUCUGUGCUUGAAGCCCGAAAAGCUCGAAGACUUGGAUGCAUUUGAGGAUGCUCAGUCGCACUCCACCUCUAGAGCCCCAUCUGUUUAG